UUAGAUCUUAAUAAUCAUGAAUUUUGUGUGAUAAAGAUAAUUAUUCCGAAAUCGUGAGAUGCGGUCUGGUGGUUGUGUGAUAAGUUGAUAACACAUACUGUCUGUACAAUAUAUAACAAAGGUCGAAUGUCUCAUUGUUUAUUGGGGCGUUCCUUGCAGGCUUUUCUUCGCCUUAGUUAUUUUAUGUUUAGUCAGCUACCAGACCCUCUUUUAUGAGACAUACCAGAGCUAUGUUAAUUUAAUAUUGCUGUAGUUUUGUAUAUAUUUAUACGUUACAUUUCUUGCUUUCUUCUGUAUAACUGUUUUAUCAUUGGACCGUUUUGUUUUGAACAAAAAUGUGGUCUGUGUUUGAUUUGAAACUACUGGCUAUAUUGUUAGUCACUGGAGGCAGUAUACUGUUCGGUGUUCUCCCAUCCCUUCUAGGUCUAGGCACAAGGUACAGGGAUUCUGUGUUGCUCUCUGCCUUGCUUUGCUUCGGAGGCGGUGUCCUCCUUUCAACGUCGAUUGUACACAUUUUGCCCGAUACUCGUAAGAAUCUCAAUGGAUGGGCUGAAAUAGUAUUCUGCUCUGGAUUCAUGCUCAUAUACCUGUCGGAUGUCAUAUUAAAUUUUAUACGAAACUGGAGAGCUGAACGAUCCUCACUGGAGAGCCUUCCUUACCAAACUAUAAGACAAAGCUAUGGUUCGAUUAGUCAUGAUGGAGGACAGGAUGAUGACCUGCAUGGGGAUGAAAUGGAAGAGAUGCCGCCAGAAUUGAAAUGUUCUAAUUUCAGUCUUAUUUUUGCAUUUUCUCUGCAUUCGCUGUUGGAGGGUCUAGUCAUAGGCGUGGAACCGACUGUACGAGGGGUCCUAUUACUUUUACUAGCUGUAUGUUGCCAUAAAUUACUUGUUGCAUUUUGCCUCGGUUCUGAAUUAAUCGCCGAUGGCCGACCAACAUACAAAAUCGUGCCUCCGCUGUCUGUAUUUGCUGUCGGUUCAGCUGCUGGAAUCGCUCUGGGAUUUGUUUUUCAGCCUGACAAAAUGCCAAGCCUCAAUUUAUUAGUGCCUAUUCUCCAAGAUUUAGCUGGAGGAACACUUCUCUAUGUCGUGAUGUGUGAAAUUUUGCCAAGGGAACGGCGGAAAAACCAGCCAAGCUUUAUUAACCUAGUACAAUAUUUUGCUGUCUUAAUCGGAUUCAGUUUUAUGGCAGCAAUGAGUACAUUGACUGAAAUGGAUGGUUAGUUUAAACUAUUAUUAAUAAAAGAUUGUGAUAUAGAUAGAUAUUACAGUAUAUUUUGAUCUCUGACUGACAUUAUGUUAUUACUUUUUAAGUAACACGUUUUACUUAAAUUUAAAAAAAAUGUUAUCACAACACUUGGAGAUUGCUGACCCCAAUACGUUUAUCUUUUUUAUACAUACCAAAUCAAAUUUUAAAUUGGUUUUGAUAAGUUUAUUUUUAUUUUGUUAUCAAAAUACUCUAUGUGAUGCAAAGUGUAUUAUUUACUAAGUUGACUUUAGAAUUAGUUAUGUUAUUUUUUGUAGGUAGCAUUUAUGUCACAUAAAAACAUCAACCAAUUUUUUUUUGUAAUCUUUUUAAUUUAAAUUGAUUGAAGAUGAACAAAAAUUUAUGUAUUACAAUAUAACCUAAUAAUACUGAGUAAUAGAUAUAUAUUAUUUUUUCACUUUAGUAAUAAAAUAUAUAUUUGACUCUUAA